AUGACGACAUCCUUAAUCUCGCUGAACGAGCACACUCCUAAAUCGAAAGAACCGGAACGGGAUAUUAAAAUUCCCCGAAACACCGGAAGGGCUGCAAAGGGUCCUCGCAGCUACGUAACCCUCUUUCGUAUGUUUCCCAUCAACUCCGUCACUCAGCGCAGUCGAUACAUUUGCGGCCUUACCAAGGUCCUUGGCACACUGCACAAGGCCAGCGGCUACCGGGAUCUCAGUAGAUCCGGUAUUCAGUUGUCCUUACAAAGUCGCCGGAUGCUUUAUAUCCUGGCGCUGGUGUUGUUCGCUAGUCAAUUUUGGAGGCUAUUUACGACACCAGGGACACUGAAUCCUAGUCGACACCAGGACAUGAAGAGCAGGAGAUUUGUUGGGCGAUUAAUGCUGAACAGAGAAGCGUGGCGACUUCCGUCCCGGGGAUACUUCAGAAAUACCUCCGAUGCUUUCACUGACGACGUGAAGUCUCAGCGCUCAGAUGGCCGCCCAAGGACAAUCACACGAGUCGAUUUCAGCCUCCGGUCCAGAACACUACUCAAUGGGACCUCGUUCUCGGUGGUUAUUUCUCUCGACUACGGAGCCUGGGGUUUAAUUUGUCUGCCAUUGAGAGUGCUGGUUGACGCUUUCGAAACAUUUCCGACGGCUUCGUCGGGUCAACCCGAUCGUCGUUCGGCGUGUAAUAAGCGGCAGCUCGAACGCACGGAUUAUCAGCUCGGUCGCCCUGAUUCUAUGGAUCUUUCUCAGAGUAUCGCGGGUAUCAAGAUUAUGCCUGCCUGACAAACCAUUCGCUUAGCUCUUUGCAUUGAAUACGCGGCUGUACAAUUUUUAUGGGUCAUAACUAGAGUCUUUUUGCAUACAAAUAAGUCCCAAACUUCCCCAAC